AUGUUGAGCACAACUUUGACUCUGCUGGUAACAGCACUACUGUCCUCAGCAGCUCCAGUCGAAAAACGCUCAACGAGUGGUGCUGUUAUCACGGUCGACUUCCCAGAUCCAGCACUUGUUAGUGUUAACAACAAGUGGUGGGCGUUCGGAACCCAGUCUCUCUAUGACAACAAGCAAAUACACAUUCAGGUUGCUUCUUCUUCUGACUUCAACUCUUGGUCUCUCCACAAUGGUCAAGAUGCCUUGCCAAACUUGCCUGGCUGGGUAGACCAGAGUAACCCUUUGGUGUGGGCUCCUGAUAUCAUGCAUCUGGACGAUGGGACUUUUGUGAUGUACUUCAGUGCCACUACCAACAUCGGUGGUAAUGGAAACUACCACUGCAUAGGCACAGCUACCAGCUCCAAUGUUGAAGGUCCCUACACUCCAUCACCAAACCCAUGGUACUGCCCCGUCAAUCAGGGUGGCGCUAUUGAUGCGGCAGGCUUCCGAGAUGCAGAUGGCACCUGGUACAUAACCUACAAGAUCGACGGCAACGCCAUGGGCAACGGAGGCAUUUGCAACAAUGGCAAUGCUCCUAUUGUCAACACACCCAUCAUGAUCCAGAAGGUCGGAGCAGAUGGCAUGAGCAAGCAAGGCAGUCCUUCAACCAUCAUGAACCUUCAAGCCUCGGAUGGUCCCGAUAUUGAAGCCCCUGCCAUGAUCAGAAGAGAAACCACAUAUAUACUUAUGUUCAGCUCUCACUGUUACAGCACAAACAGCUACGACACACUAUACGCAACCAGCAAUUCGCCCACGGGAGGCUUUGUUCGAGGAGGAAGCCUUGUGGGUGGUGGAAGAGGUGGCAUGGAUGCUUCAUUGGAUGCCACUCAUGUUGCCUUCCAUGGACUGCAGAGUGAUGGACGCAGGUUCAUGUACACUGGCAUCCUGAACAUCAACGGCAAUACUGUUACGAUCUAG